AUGCCAAAGGGCCAGACUCGGCUCGAACAGGACAAGAGAAUUGAAAUGUCGGUCAACUAUGACCACGGAGAAAGAAACCAGGACUUCGACGAAAGAUACCACAGCAGAACGUGCGCCGAAAAUAUCGGUGAUGGGUCUGAAUACUCGGAGACUGCGCGAGGACAUGUCCGGGUGGCUUUGACAAAUUAG